CUCCCGGCGUAGGUAGAAGAUGGCAGCCGAGGCGUGAUUCGAGACCGGGACCUUCACUCUCUCUCUGGGCGCGCGCGAGUAGGGGGUCGAUCCUUCGACCUAACGGACCAGAGAUCGUGGAAGUAGUGCGCUAGCGUGGUGCAUUAUAGCGUGUCGUCCAGUGUGCCCAGCGGAUCCGUGAUGUUCUAGGAGGACCCAUAUCUCGUUCCGUACCGUCGGUGCCGGGUUUGUCCUCCUAUCGCCGCGAGCCUUCUCACCCGACACCGCUUUCUCACCUUACUCCUCCGCGCUCGACACUCGGGCCUCUCUAUCUCGUCAUCCAGGACUCUCUCCAUUCUCGGAUCCGGACUUGACCGUAUCAGGAUACUCUUACUUUCCCGACACACGUCGUCCGGCCGAGUCAACCGAGUCAACCGAGUCAACCGAGUCAACCGAAUCAACCGAGUCCACGUACCCAUCUCCGCCUGAUUUUCCUUUUCGGUUGCGCCUCUGGCAUCCCUCGGUUCUCUCCGCUUCUCCGACUUCCACGCUUCUACACGCCCGGCGUUAACCCAGAUCAGUCUGUCGUGUACUUAUGAUCCGAGCGGUGACCAGGUAGUACCGCUGACUAUGCGCGACAUGAUCACCACCGCCAUCGUAGUAGUGUUUCACGAGCGUCACGUAAAAUGGAAUUAAACAAUGUUGUUAAGACGUAAACAUGUUUUGGCUACACUGUGGACUCUUUGUUCUCGUGAUUGCUGUACCUGGAUUUAUUAGCAGCGCCGACAGCACAUCCAAGCGAGAAGCCGAUUACACUUUAGAUGAUUCUUUUUGGAACGAGGAGACUCCUGUUGGUGAAGUCGAACGACUACUGCGAGAGUAUCGACAAAACCAAGAGCUAGUACGAAAUAUCGGGGCCCAUUACUAUCAGAUCAUCUAUCCGGUACAGUUACGGCAUCACGAGAAAAUGGGGAUAUCCACGAGAGAAAUUGGCGUACCGAAGUUUCCUCAAAGAGGGUACGGAGAGGGCGGAUAUCAAAAUUCUAGAGGAAGAAUGAGAACGGGGAGACACUUUCAUCGGACGUCCCUUUUGAUCAAGGCCUUUAAUCACAGAUUUCGCCUAGAUUUAGAAUUAAAUACGCAACUUUUAGCUCCGAAUCUUAGGCAAAGGAACUUUCUAGGUAACGGCGCCGAGCAAAAUUCGAAACAGGAGAUAGAGCACUGUUACUAUCACGGCUCCGUUAGGGAUUACCCAGGAGCCAGCGCUGCUUUCCAUACGUGCAACGGUGUCAGCGGUAUCAUUCACUUAGGCAACGAGACGUUCGUCAUUCAUCCAUUUUACGGUGGCGACCUGUCGCAGAAACAUCCUCACGUUAUAUUUGAAGCUCGAACAAAGGCUAACAAAGGCUGUGCCAACUCCGGGAACCUCGACUGGCGCACAAAAAUUCGCCGACAGAAGCACGUGCUGGGACUAUCGGAGACCACUGCUGAUCGAUACAAGAGAGACGUCCGCGAAGCAAUCAAAUACAUCGAAACUGCCAUCAUUAUCGAUAAGGCUAUGUUUGAGAAGAGAAACGGAAGCACCAGAUCGGAGGUUGUUCACGAUGCCAUCCAAGUCGCCAAUAUCGCUGAUUUGUAUUUCCGUACGUUAAACACUAGAGUCUCAGUCAUUUACAUCGAAACUUGGCAAGGGAAAAACCAGGCAGAUAUCGAGAAGGGCAUGGACAUUGCGCUCGCAUUGCAAAAGCUGAACGAUUACAGCAUGAGAAACUUGUUUCAUCUCACGCUGGAUACCACUCAGCUGCUCACGGGCGAAACGUUCUCCGGCGGAGAGUCCGGGGUAGCCGUGCCAUCGACCAUCUGCAAACAAAAGUCGGUGGGGAUCAGUGUGGAUUUGAACAUAUACGAGCCUCAUCUUUUGGCUGGUACCAUGGCCCACAUGAUCGGCCACAACAUCGGCAUGAGCCACGACGAUGGAAGAAGCGGAUGUCUCUGUCGAGACUGGCACGGAUGCAUUAUGGCUCAAUCUAUCGUCGGUUUGGAGAACGUUCAACCGUACACGUUCUCCGAGUGUAGUAAGACGGACUAUAUCGAGUCGUUAAAAAGCGGUAACGGCAUCUGUCUUCUUAACAAACCAAACGAGGUAGAAGUGAGAAUAUCUUGCGGAAACAGGGUAAUCGACGAAGGUGAAGAAUGCGAUUGCGGAUCGAUCGAGGAGUGCCAGGAGGUCGAUCCCUGCUGCGAUCCAAUCACUUGCAAACUAACCACGGAAGCGAAAUGCGCCACCGGACCCUGCUGCAACGACUGCAAGCUGCUCAAAUAUGGCGUCAUUUGUCGAGACGCGACGAACGAGUGCGACCUGCCAGAAGUCUGCACGGGGGAAACGGGCCAAUGUCCGCCGGAUGUUUACAAGAAAAACGGGAAUCUCUGCGCGAAUAACGCCAGCUACUGUUUCAACGGUGUUUGCCCAGCUUUGGACCUCCAGUGCGAAGAAAUCUGGGGAGUCGGUGGCGAGGCAGCGGACAAACAGUGCUUCGAACAAUUCAACUCCAAAGGCUCGCUAACUGGACACUGUGGAACCGACACGUCUGGCCACUACAUCAAAUGCGAAGCUGAAAACGUCCGUUGCGGAUCGUUGCAGUGUCAACAGGGUAGAAAACAGCCGGUAACCACCGGCAUAGAUCAUUCGAUAACUAUAAUAUCCAUAAAGGGUCAAGAAUACAAGUGCAAGUCCACGACUGGCAAAGUGGAAGGUUCCGAGUUGCCACGCAUGGGGUUGGUCCGCGACGGGACAUCCUGUGGAGAUCAUUUGAUUUGCGUGAACCAGACUUGCACCAGCCUCUUCCCAUUCAUAGACAAGGAAAAGUGUCCCAGUAAUCAUAAUAACAACGAAUGCUCGGGCAGAGGUGUAUGCACAAACAUGAACAAGUGCUAUUGCAACUUGGGAUGGAGCGGAACAGACUGCUCGAUCGAGCAAGCUAUUCCCACGUCACCGCCAACGACUACUCGCACCGAAGCAGCUAGCAAAAAUGGUACAGAAUCUAGACAGGUGAAGAAAGAGACCCCCUACGAGAACUACCACGGCUCUAACACUAUAUUUUUAGUUGGUGUGCUCAUGGCGGUGGUAGGGGGUGUUUUCCUAGUAUUUACUCUGAUGGCUCUAUGCUACAGGUCAGUCGUAGUACAUAAAAACUACUCCCUCUGUCUCAGGAAGAGCACCGUCCAGAAGACAGACCAACCGUACGAGAAGAAGAUCUUGCCGAAACCGGUUCCGAGGAACCACCAUCCGGAGCACGAGAUCCUCGACGACGUCAACGUCAAGAUCCUCAACUUCCACAGAAUGCCUACUUACAGCCGCGAUGAGAACCAGCGCGUGCUGUUUCGACCCCCGAAUAACGUCGCCACCGCCGACGGGCCAAGACUCAAGAUCCCCGGGAUUAAGGACGAUGACGGAGGUACGGGCGCAGAGGACGCUGUCUCUUUCAUUGAUCUCCAACCAAACAGUCUGAGAAAGUUGCCUGAGAAGGGAAUUUUAAAGAAACACGGUGGUUACGUGACAGGAGGAGAUACCGUGGUGGAACUGGAGCGCACGUUGGACCGACUGAACGACUACCACGAGGACAUCAUGGAGGCCCUGAGAACCGCGAAAACUCACAGGGAGCUGUCCGAGACACCGUCAGCCAGUAUGGACGGCGAGGCGUUGCGCCAACCUCUGACAGAGCGCGGCUACCCUGACUCUUGCCACAAGGACAUGGACGGCCACGAGCAUAUCGAUAACCAGGAGGACGACGACGGCGAAGAGUUGGAGGAGUUCGAGUCGGGUUGCGGCCCCAUUCGCAUCCGCACUCUGGAGGACAUCAUCAAACAGCUGGAACGUCACACGACGCAACACAUGAGCCACUACGACUCGGAGGAGAUCCGGAUGUCCGAGAACGAGGCUGAUCGUCACUACAGAAUAGACUCGUCCGUUUGUAGCGAGUCCUCUCAAGGAAGCAGAAGAUGUAGCCGCGGCCGUGACGAUAACGUCAGAUAUCGUCAGCCAUCGUCUCGAAGUCCUUAUGGCACUCAUCAACACUCUCAAUACCCCCAUCAAAUGCACGAGGAGGAGGGUAUCUAUGAAACUGCCGAUCCUGACAGAGGCUCAAAUGCUAGGGGUGAAACGCCCGAUAGUGAAAGUGAUGCAUUUAUUCAAGCUCAACAACCACUAGCCCCAUGGACUAGUGAGGACGGAGUGCAGCACCGACCACCGCAGCAGCCGGCGCCACCGCCGCCGCCGCCACCGCUGCCACCCACGAUGACCGAUGGUGCGAUACCGUUGCUGCAACAGCGUCACCACGCUCAUCGCGUAUCACAAUCUCAACAACUGCAACUGCACCAGCAUCAACAUCAACAUCAACAACAACAUCAACAACAACAUCAUCAUCGACAUCAGCAUCAGCAUCAACAUCACCAUCAUCAUCAUCAUCAACAUCAGCACGCGCAGCAGUCGCAGCAACAGCAGCCGUCGUCGCAGCAACGUCAACAACAACAACAACAACACCAACUGCCGUUGGAACAACAACUGCCAAUACAGCAGCGCGGCUAUUAUCCAUCCCCGCCCCACACUGACAACAACGGUCUCGAAAACGGCGAGACUGAAAAUGCUCAAUCCCAUCAACAACAAAUGCUCCUCCCCGACGUUCGUGGAAUCGAUGUUAAUCACUUGCCUAAUAUAAACAAAUGCCCACUAGACGAUACAUUUAGUCUAGAUUGUAACAUAAAUAAUGGUUCCCCUAAAGAAUUAAAUACCAACAACACUAGUGAUAAUGAAAAUACUGCCCUACUGCCCCCUUCGCAUUUUCCUGAGUACAAGCAUUGAUAAUUAUUAAUCGAUGACAGAUAGUGUCCAUAAAACAUAGUGGUGUGAUUUAAUCUUGAACUCGCAUUUUAUACUGAAUAGUGUAAAUAUAACGAUAAACAUAUUGAUUGCGACAUCAAGAAACAACAACACGAGAACAACAACAGCAGACAGGUAUUAAAUUAUAAUAAAUUAAAAUAAUCUAUAUGAAAUGUUUAUUAAUGAACAUUAGUAAAGCGAUUUACUCAAAGAAACGCGUCGCUCUUUUUCUUAACCCACGUAACGACAUUACAGUAACCAGUCGUCGAUGAUUACCUUAAUAC